AUGGCGACAGAAAAUAACUUAACAACCCUGAUCAAAAGGAUUAUGGCUAAUAAUAGCCUUAAUACUGGACUUCGACGUCCAAACUACACUUCCCCUGUAGCAGACUAUAUUUUGCAAACUGAAUUACCUAGAGGUACCAAAGUGCCCAAGUUUACGAAAUUUUCAAGGGAUACUAGUGAAUCAACCGUGGAACACAUAGCCCGAUAUUUAACAGAGGCAGAUACUUGGGCUCAUCUUGAGAGAAUGUUCCAUGAACUGUUUUACAUGGGACAAACCAAGAUCAGUUUGAAAGAACUGGCUAGCAUUAAUAGGAAAUUCAUAGAGCCUAUAGAUGACUAUUUGAAUAGGUUCCGUUUAUUAAAAUCAAGAUGUUUCACAGUUGUUCCAGAACAUGAAUUGGUUGAAAUGGCUGCAGGCGCUGAAAAGGCCGGGGAAAAUAAGAAUUACAAGAAAGAGAGAGUAGCCUAUGUUGAGGCUGAAGAUGUCGAAGUCGAAACCUUUGAUGAUUCAUACGGCUUUGAUGAAGUUGAAAUUGAUUUGGAUGAAUUAAAAGAGGAACCUCCAUAUUCUUGUAAAUUGCUCACCCCUUCUAAUGGGAAAAACCUUGUCGAAACUGACAGAAAUGACAAAUUCCCAAAGAAAACAUACACUUUCGACGUCACCAAGUGUGACGAAAUUUUUGAUUUAUUAGUAAAAGAUGACCAGAUGAUAGAUGGUCGUUUGAAGUUCGCUGACAAAGGAAAAAACAACAUGAAGGUUGAUGCUGACCCCCUCAAUGUUGCUGACACCAACUAUGCUGAACCUGUCGACAUUAACAUGGUGGAUGUGUCUAAGGUUGAUAUCACGGAGUGGGAGAUGGUUUCGGCAGGAAGUAUCGAGAGCCUAAAUGACAACAUGAUCUUAAAUACUGAAAUUGAAGGUUCGUUCAAGUCAAGGACCACUGAAGACCUCAGGUUGAAGCUCCAAAAUAUAAGGAUUCCUGAAGUUCCCCCAGCGGGAGUCAACAUGGUGAAUAUUGGGCAACCUUUAUCUGAGAUUGAAGAACCGGAAAAAUGUUUGGUAAAGGAGAAGGAAAAAGGAAACUAUGGAAAUCCAAGGACAAAUGAAAGUUUGAAGGAGUAUCUCUGGAGGUGCCAUGAGAAGAAUGUUGGGCGAAUGUUGAUGUGUCCAAGAUGCUCAAUCAUGCUGAGUUGA